AUGGAUUUAUUCAAGAAAGCGAAAGCCGCCGCAGGUGGUAGCAGUAGCUCCAGCCAACAACAGCCGGCUGGACAGAAACAAGAUUAUGGUGACAAGAUUAUCGCCGCCGGCACAAAGAAAGCGGGAUACAACACCACCGGAGAGCAGAACGAGAAGAUUGGCGAUACUGCUCGAGGUCUUUACGAAAAGUUCACUGGAAAGAAGGUCAAUCCAAAGUUCUCCAACUAG